GCUUGAAUGAUCCCCAUCAUUCAUUUUCAUGUGCCAUUUUCACUCUCACUCUCCUCUUCUUCGAUCUCCAUGCCUUCCUCUCCUCCGUCCUCGAACUCACACACACUCACAAUACACUCUCUCUCUCUUCUCCCUUCAAUCCAUUUCCUUGGCAUCACUUUUUAGGGUUUUGAAAUUGGAAGAAAGCUAAAGCUGAUCACUUUCAGAUUGUGCACGCAUACCCAUAUAGGCAUAUGCUGUACCCCUAAUCAGAAAGAAUCACCUAACCUUUUCUUUUUAUCAGGGAAUAUCAGAGAAUGAUUGCUUUCAUCCAAAGCGGCAAUGGGUUUGUCCCAGUAGUGUAAUUGACCAUUCUGAGCUCUCCUCCCGAGGCUCUUAAGGAGAGAUGAUAAUGGGGUUGUAAAGGGAGAAUUUUGGUAUAAGAAUGUAGAGGAACUUUGCUGGAGUGCGAUGUUGGCUAUGGAGAAGGAUUUUGAUUCUAAGUUGAGGAUUCAGGAGAAUUCGUCUGCUGAUGGCAAUGUGCAGAGAUCUAAGAGCUUUGCCUUCAGAGCCCCUCAGGAGAAUUUCACCAUACAGGACUUUGAAUUGGGAAAGAUCUAUGGUGUUGGCUCUUAUUCUAAGGUUGUGAGGGCAAAGAAGAAGGACACAGGAGUUGUGUAUGCAUUGAAAAUCAUGGAUAAAAAAUUUAUUACUAAAGAGAAUAAAACAGCUUAUGUGAAGUUGGAGCGCAUAGUGCUUGAUCAAUUGGACCAUCCUGGCAUUGUGCGCCUAUUUUUCACAUUUCAAGACACAUUUUCCAUUUACAUGGCACUUGAGUCCUGUGAAGGUGGAGAACUUUUUGAUCAAAUAACCCGGAAAGGUCGUCUAUCCGAGGAUGAAGCACGGUUCUAUGCAGCUGAAGUUGUGGAUGCCCUUGAAUAUAUACAUAGUUUGGGAUUGAUACAUCGUGAUAUUAAGCCAGAGAACUUGUUACUUACGGCUGAAGGACAUAUUAAAAUCGCUGAUUUUGGGAGUGUGAAGCCUAUGCAGGACAGCCGCAUUACAGUCCUUCCAAAUGCAGCAGCAUCAGAUGAUAAAGCCUGCACAUUUGUGGGGACAGCUGCUUAUGUCCCUCCAGAGGUUCUUAAUUCUUCUCCAGCAACUUUUGGAAAUGACCUCUGGGCUCUCGGUUGCACAUUAUAUCAAAUGCUUUCUGGAACUUCUCCAUUUAAAGAUGCUAGUGAAUGGCUUAUUUUCCAAAGAAUUAUAGCCAGAGAUCUUCGAUUUCCAGAUUACUUUUCUGAGCAAGCAAUUGACCUCAUUGACCGUUUACUGGAUUUAAAUCCAAUGAGGAGACCAGGUGCUGGACCUGAUGGAUAUGGAGUUCUCAAAAUGCAUCCUUUUUUCAAGGGAGUAAACUGGAAAAACAUAAGGGACCAAAGCCCCCCAAAACUUGCUCCAGAAGCAGGGGAUGGUUCUACUAAACCUGAUGGAAAUACCAGUGCUGCUACUUCUGAUGGGACUGCUCAUGUGACCAGGCUAGCUUCAAUUGAUUCUUUCGAUUCAAAAUGGCAACAAUUUUUGGAACCUGGGGAAACUGUUCUUAUGAUCUCAAAUGUGAAGAAAUUACAGAAACUAACAAGCAAGAAGGUGCAGCUCAUCCUUACAAACAAGCCAAAGUUGAUCUACGUUGACCCAUCAAAACUGAUUGUAAAGGGAAAUAUGUUAUGGUCUGAUAAUCCAAGUGAACUUUCAGUCCAAGUGACUAGUCCUUCACAUUUUAAGAUUUGCACACCAAAGAAAGUAAUGUCAUUGGAGGAUGCAAAACAAAGAGCAUGGCAGUGGAAGAAGGCAAUUGAAGGGCUUCAAAACCGAUGAAACUCACUGUUUCUGACAACAGUAUUUUCAGUGUCUUGUUACUGUUCAGGAUGAGGGGACUAAUCAAUUUAGAACCCUCUGAUACGUAUUCAUCAACAGAAAAUGAAGUUACAGAUUAGCUUUCCGAAACUGGUUCAAGCUAAUUUCUCACAACUUGAGCUUAUGAUUACUUACCCAGCCCCUUUCAUGCUUCUAUGGGAUGACAUGUAUAAUGUGAAAAACAACAACGCUAGGCUAUGUUAAGAGGUUGGAAUCAUUUAUUUGUAUUAAAGAACUUCAAAAGUCAUAAACGUAUACCAUGAAUUGAAAGAUGAUACAAGUUUUGCUUUUUAUAUUGUA